AUGGAUCACCAUCUGAAAGCCCUGGUGGUGCUAUCGGGAGGACCGGCUGCUCUGAAGGGUUUCAAGCUCCUACAUCAAACAGAGAAUAGUCCCAUCUGGUGCGAAGUGAUUGAUGCAGCUCAGGAGGCUCAGCAAGAUUCGGAAGCCGUCCUAGUCAAAGACAACUACGGCAACGAGUUUCCUCGUCCUGUACCCCUCAAGGAUUUGAGCAUCGGCUACGGAUCCAGGCUGCUGAAAGACCCUCUCAUCCAGGCUCUUUUGAGACAGUGCAUCGAUGUCUCCCUGUUCUUGCAAGCUGACCUAAACGGAACUAAGGUCGACCCUUCAUCCACUCAGUUUGGGGCAGGAGGCUCACAGGCCCCCAGCAGAUUAGGCACACCAAACAGGAAGGAACCUCAAUUCGAUCCAAGCUUCUGGGAGAAGUUCAAGAUUGCUCCAGAUGGACCUUCCGAAGAAUUCAACUUUGAUCUGCUGAAAGAAGCGGUCUCUCAGAUUGCAAUGAGAGGCUCCUUGACUGACUAUAUGGAGGUUGUGAUGCAAGAUUACCCUGACAUGCAGAAGUCUUGGAAAUCCAAGGCUCGGUAUCUCCUAGAUGUCUACAAGGAAGCUGAUGCAAGGACCGCUAGGCUCAUGGCAGCCACGUAUUUCUUCGCCUCGAGAAUCAACUAUGUCUCCACAGGAAGAACGGUCCAAACAAGGGUCCCGGACCGAGAGGUCCCAAUCGUGCUCAUGAAGACAGAAGCCAAGAUGAACGAGAUGAUCACACCUUGGGGAAGAGACCUAGAAGGGCCUUUACUGGAAGGCUUGAGCUUUGAAGCCGAAGAAGAGGAGUCACUUGAGAAGAGUACUUCCGAGUCUCCAAGCGAGGAGGUUGACUGCGAAGCAGAUCCGCUCAUUCCCGAUUCUGCAACCGAGCCGAAUAAGUUUCGACCAAGUCUAACAAAGCUCUGCACUUUUGAAGAGGUACCAGCCAUUCCGGUCAGAGCUCCCUUCGACUACGACUCGGAAACCCUCAGGGACGGGGUGAGAGCGGUCCUCGCUGAAGUAGACGCAUUUGGCCAAGGCAAACACGAACUAAAUGAAGAGGCGGACCUGGCCUGGCUCAAAGAUGUCAAAAGGAACGUCCUCGAUCCCGAUCAGUUUAGGGCAGGAAACUUCAAUGAAACUCUCCCCGCUUGGGAGGAGCUCCUGAAGUACUCCAAGAGAAAGACCUCAAAGUUGGUUUUGGGAGCCCUGAAAGACGGCCUGAAGCCGUCGUUUGAAGGAACGGAGAAAGCUCUCGAUUCCAAGAGGAAAGUGGUGAGAGCCAUGCUCCACCAAACAGCUCUAAAAAGGGAAGUGAACUCCUUCCUCAGCGGCAAAUUUCCCAGCAGAGUGGAGUUCUCCAACCAUCAAUCAGCAGAGGACAACGCGGACUUUGUCUGGAAUGAAGUCAAGAAUAACUUGGCAUCCGGAGCGAUCUCGGCCUACCCCAAGGGAAGCAAGCCCAAGGUGGUGAACCCGAUUGGUGUGGUUUUCAAUCCCAAGCCUAGAAAGAUCCUCAACGCUCGCUACAUCAACCUCUUCAUGAAGAAAUACGACUUCAACUACGAGAAGCUCCGUGACAUCCUCGUGUUUCUUAGGAAGGAGGGUUUCACGGCAACUUGGGACCUCAAGUCUGGCUAUUUCCAUGUGCUCAUUCAUCCAGACUUUCGAACCUACUUUGGAUUCAAGGUGGGCGAAGUCUACUUCCACUACAACGUUGUGAGCUUUGGCUAUGCUCAAGCGUGCUACUUCUACACCGUUGCCGAUUGGCUCGGCUUUGUCGUGGACUCUCUUCACGAGCUCUUCCGGAUCUCGGAGAAGAAAAAGCUCAAAGUUGUAGCAGUUCUGAAGCAGAUUCUCGAGGCGAACGACGUCACGGCCCGGAUGCUCGCCUCCAUGGCAGGGAAACUCGUCUCCUUAGGCCCGGCAAUGCUUCCCGCAUCCUUGUUCAGCCGUCCGCUUUUUGCAGCCAUGCAAGGAAAGCUGAGCUGGGACGAGGUUUUCCAGAACCCAAAUGAAGUAAAAGAAAGUGCCCGGCUCUUCUUGGAAAACUUCGAUCGGUGGAACGGAAGGAGGUGGCACACUUUCCCGGUAACCCUUCAAACUUCAUCUGAUGCUUCAGACGUCGGAUUUGGGGGUUUCGUCCAGUUCCCCGGCAAAGCCAAACUGCAGAUCGCCGGGACUUUCUCCCAAGAGGAAGCAGCUCUGUCGAGCACAGCUCGGGAGAUGAAGGGCCUUUUGAAGACCCUCCAAGCCGCCCUACAGGCUGCCGGACCGUCGGCCAUCAGGAACUCCUGCUUGGUUCUCACGACUGACAAUCGAGGGGCGACCUAUGCUAUUAAUAGCAUGCGAAGCAGCAGCCCUGACGUCAACAAGAUCCUGCAAGAUUUCUUCCUCUUCUCGUGCGAAAACGGGGUGGACGUCAAGGCCUACUGGAAGCCGCGGGAGGAGAUGCAAGAAGAGGAUGCACUGAGUCGUUUCCCGGAUGCCUCUGACUGGGGUCUGAGCUCCCCUCUCUUCCAGAAAGUGACGGCCUGGUUUGGCGUUAAACCCUCCGUGGACCUCUUUGCGUCUGACAUCUGGCACGUGACAGAGAAGUUCGUCUCGAAGGAAUUCACACCCGGCUGCCUCGCCGUGGACGCACUGAAUCAAGACUGGCGGCAGCUGCUCAAGGAAGGGGACUGGGCCUGGAUGUUCCCCCCUCUGAGGCACGUGGCACAAGCAAUCCGUCUGAUCGAGAAGUUCAGGAUCAACGGCAUUCUGAUCGUGCCGCGCAGGAACGCGACGAACUGGUGGCACGUCAUGCACAGCUGGGAUCUCGCCUCCCCGCCCGAGCCAGUAGAGCUGCCCAGGAGCGAGUCGACUUGCGAUCCCAGCCUGAGAGUGCCAGAAAGCGUGGUCAAUCCAGCGUACUUCUCGCUUAGUGCAAUAAAGAUCGAGUGGAGGAACUAA